AUUCGCCUCUGCCUACCAAUUCUUCUUCUGCCUUCUCCUCCUCCUAAAUGUUGGAAGCACGGUUGGAACAGGCUAGCAUCCUGAAAAAGGUGGUCGACGCCAUCAAGGACCUCGUGCAGGACUGCAACUUUGACUGCAACGACUCGGGCAUCGCGCUGCAGGCCAUGGACAACUCGCACGUCGCGCUGGUGUCCAUGAUGCUCAAGGCCGAGGGCUUCUCGCCGUACCGAUGCGACCGCAACAUCGCCCUCGGCGUCAACCUGACGUCCCUGACAAAGGUGCUGCGCGCCGCCCAGGGCGACGACAUCCUGACGAUCAAGGCCGAGGACGCCCCGGACGUGAUGAACCUGCUGUUUGAGAGCAGCGGCGAGGACCGCAUCAGCGAGUACGACCUCAAGCUCAUGGACAUUGACCAGGAGCAUCUGGGCAUUCCCGAGACGGAGUAUGCGGCCACCAUCACCAUGCCGUCGGCCGAGUUCCGGAGAAUCUGCACAGAUCUGGCGGCCAUGUCAGAGUCGGUUGGCAUCGAGGCCUCCAAGGACGGCGUCAAGUUCUCUUGCAACGGCGACAUUGGCAACGGCUCCGUCACCCUGAGAAGCCACACCUCCAUCGACAAGCCCGAGCUCAACGUCGACAUUGAGCUGACGGAGCCCGUGUCCCUGACCUUUUCGCUCAAGUACCUGGUCAACUUCUGCAAGGCUGCCGCCCUGUCCACCCAGGUCAAGAUCUGCCUGUCCAGCGAGGUGCCUCUCUUGGUUGAGUACAACCUCUCUGGCAGCAGCUACCUGCGCUUCUACCUCGCGCCCAAGAUUGGCGAUGACGAGUAAAACAGCUACACCCACGCCCCCCGAACUUCAGACGACCCAACACGUAAUCUUUGCCAAAACACCAGACCGGGCUGUACCUGGUCGACCACCCCCGACGCUGACAGAAGAGAGGAGAGAUGGAUAUUCAAGAAUAUUGUUUCACGGGCCUCCUUCUUUGUUUAUUCUAAUCAUGAUAUGUAGCAAAAGAGAGAGAAACCAAAAGAAUGAGAUGAGCACGCUGCUUGGCUUUAGUCUACCUUGCCCUGCCGAAAAUUGACCCCCCUCUUCGCCUUGACGCCUGAAGAGGCCCCGUUUCUUGUGCUUAUCCGAACCGAGACGCUCACACUUCAUACUCGUACAAGCGGCUUAGAGCGGAUCGUAGCUUCGGUCCUCG